UUCUCUUAUAACCAUGACAAUCUCGCCUAUAUCCUUCUUCCUCUUCUUUUCUGGCGAUUUCGUCCUAUGUAGGGUGUAAUUCUUACCUUUCGUUUCGUUUCUUCGCUGCACCAGGUGUGCUUUUUUACAUCAAUCCUGCUCAAUCAAAAUGGGGAAGUCGUAUCGCUCAGUCACUCUAGACCCUCUAGACGAGGAGCCUUUCCUUGCUAAGGAGGAAGGAUUAGAUGAGAAGUGGACGGAGGCCAGAGGCAUCGAAUCAAUACCAGACCGCCUGCGAAGGUUAAGUCCGCAUUGGGCUUGGCUAUGCCAUGCCGUUCUUUUAUCGAUCUCUUUAACAUUCUUUGCCCUAUCCUUCUGUACAAAAACUUCGAAAAUCACAGACUCGGACUACACGAAGAAAUACUCGGCGUGGUCACCGGCCGCUAGUGCAGUCAAGUACGAAACACAGCACUUCGAUCUGCCGCCAAUAGCAGAAGGCCCAUUCAUUGGCAAAGGCGAUGACGUGGACGCAAGAUGGGAUGAAAUUUCAGCCAUUGGCGACACAAUGAUAUCUCGCGAAGAGAUGAUAAAUUUGGGUCUAGAUCCCGAUAGCUCUCUAGCCAUCACCGAUCCAAACGGGAAACCGGGUUAUCGAGUCGCCGUCGAGGUGUUCCACCAAUUACACUGCUUAAACCUAUUACGACAGAACGUCUAUAAAGACUACUAUGCGCCUCUAGGAGGGGACACAUCUGCACCGCCCCCGGAUCUAACGGGUCAUCUCGAUCACUGCAUUGACGCGCUGCGACAAUUCGUCAUGUGCCAGGGCGACAUUGGUGUAUUCAGUUUCCACUUUCCCUUUAACGAUGGAGAUCCGUGGCCGAACUACAGCACACCGCACACUUGCAGGAACUUCGACAGCAUCCGGCAAUGGGCUGUCGAUCACACUGUGCCGAGGGGGCCAGACGAGCCCGAGCACUGAUAAUAUUCCUUUCUAGAAGAGACUUAUAUAUAGCGAAUUACUUUUUGAUUGAGCGGAAUUUUGAUAAACCUAUGCGAUCAGCCUUGAAAGUGAUAAUUGUGUGAUGUAAGACAACCUGAGCUGAGACACCGGCAGGAAGCCGAAUAAACCAUAUCGCGAAACGUCGGCU